UCUGGGGGCGUGGACCUGGGCGGGUCCAGGGGCGGGGCCCCGCCGGGCUCGCUCAGGCUUGGUCCCGCGGUGACGGCGGCGGCGGCGGCGGCGGCAAGGACUGGCGUCCGGGCGCCUAGGCUAGCGGAGCCUGAUCCCGGGGGAGCGCACACCAGGCUCACACCCCCCUGCUUCCCACUUCUUGAGCAGGGUCUGCCGCAUGUGAUGAAAGUAUCUACGCUCAGGGAAAGCUCUGCUAUGGCUUCCCCAGCGCCCCGGGAGAUGGAGGAGGAGCCGGUGCCUGCUGGCUCCGACCCAGGUGACCCUCCGGCCAAACCCCCCGUCAAGCCCAAACCCCGGGCCCUACCUGCCAAGCCAGCCCUGCCUGCAAAACCCAGCCUGCUGGUGCCUGUUGGGCCUCGGCCUCCCCGGGGUCCCCUGGCUGAGUUGCCUUCUGCCAGGAAGAUGAACAUGCUAGCAGGACCCCAGCCCUAUGGUGGCAGCAAGCGGCCCCUUCCCUUUGCACCAAGGCCUGCAGCUGAGGCCCCUGCUGGAGGAGAAGCCACCCAAGAGCCUGAGAAAGAGGAGCUGCCUCCUUUGACACCUCCAGCUCGAUGUGCUGCCCCAGGGGGCGUGAGGAAGGCUCCUGCCCCUUUCCGUCCAGUCUCAGAGCGCUUUGCAGCCACCACAGUGGAAGAGAUCCUGGCCAAGAUGGAGCAGCCAAGGAAGGAGGUCCCUGCUAGCCCUGAUCGCCUCUGGGGCUCCCGCCUCACCUUUAACCAUGAUGGCAGCUCACGAUAUGGCCCCAGGACCUACGGCAUGGCCCCUGGCCUUAGGGAUGAGGAUGGCAGGACCCUGUCCAGGGGAUGGUCGCAAGAGGGGCUGGCAAAGUCUCCCGCAGAGUGCCAGCAAGAACACAACAAGACCCCUGAGAAGAGGAUCCUCCCUUCUGACCUGGCUGUCAAUGGAGACCUGGCUAACCCAGCCAACUCUGAGCCACCUGCUACUGUUUCCAAGCCCCAGGUCCCCUCAAGUCCAGGUCCUGCUUCAGAGAAUGGAGACUCUGGCAGCCCAGACCUCCCUGCUGAAGCCUCAGGCCCUGGUGUGGGUCCUGUCCAUCUUCACUUGCCCGAUGAGAGCUCUCUCUGCCACUGUCAGCUUCCUGAAGCCCAGAGUCUCGCAGCUUCUGAGACUUCGCCUUGCCUGCCCACAACUCCAGCAUCCCCAAGUGCAGCCAUGGCUGAUGAGGGCCCCUGUCAUACCCCUAGCCUGGGGCUCCCUGCUGAGGGAGCCCCAGAGGACCCCAGACCUAGCAGCCCUUCCCUUGAGGAGAUCUCAGGGUCCCACAGCCCAGAGCAGCCCCCAGCCGCCUCAGACCGGCCCCGGAUCGAGGGGAGUGAGUUGCUGGAUCCCCCUCGGACGUUUCCAUCUAGGGAGGAAGAGGCAUCCAAAGGUGAUGCGGCCCUCCACCCCAGCAGCCUGGCUCAGCGCCGAUUCUCUGAAGGUGUACUCCGGCCACCCGGCCAGGACCAGGAGAAGCUGGGAGGCUCCCUGGCUGCACUGUCUCAAACCCAGGGGAGCCAAUCAUCCCUGGAUUGUCCCUUUGGGACAGAGUCCAACUGGAGCUUGUCAGAAUCCUUUGAAUGGACCUUUCCCACACGGCCGUCUGGUCUGGGAGUAUGGAGGUUGGACUCCCCACCUCCUUCCCCCAUCACUGAGGCUAGUGAGGCAGCUGAGGCCGCUGAGUCUGGCAGUUGGGCUGUGUCUAGCAGGGAAGAAGGAAUGUCCCAGCAGGGGCAAGGGACAAGGUCAGCUCUAGGGGGGCCAGGAAGGCCUAGUUCCUGGGUGCAAGGGGAAGAUUCAGACAUCUCCCCGACCCAGAAGGGCGAUGGAGAGAGUCAGCCUCAGUCCCCAGUUGUUCCCCUUGAGGCCCUCCCUACAUCUGGGGGUGCACCUGCAGUGUCCUUGCUGCAGGCAGAGGAAAGAUACGAAGACCGUGAGCCCUUGGCUGGAGAGGAGUCUCCCCUCCCUCUGCCCAUCAGGGAGGCAGCCCUGCCCAUCCUGGAGCCAGUCCUGGGGCAGCAACAGUCAGCACCCCCUGACCAGCCCUGUGUCCUCUUUGCUGAUGCCCCUGGUCCUGGGCAGGCUCUGCCUGUUGAGGAGGAAGCCAUGACUCUAGCUCAGGUCGAGACCACUCAACUCAGGACAGAGGCACAAGACUCCUAUAGGGCGUCUCCUGAGCCUACAGGCCCAGAAAACAGCUCUCGCUGGUUGGAUGACCUCCUGGCUUCGCCACCACCCAGCUCUGGCGGCACAAGGCGGGGAACAGGCUCUGACCUGAAGGACACACAGUCCCCUGGUACCUGCUCUGAGGGUCUCCUUGGCUGGGCCCAGAAAGAUCUGCAGAGUGAAUUUGGGAUCACAGCAGAUCCACACCCCAGUGGUUUCAGCCCUUCUAGCUGGUGCCCAAGUGCUUCUCAGGACUAUGGUCUUGGGGGUUUAAGCCCUAGAGGAGACCCAGGCCUUGGAGAGAGGGACUGGGCCAGCAAGUAUGGGCAAGGAAUGGGGAAAGGAAACACCAGGGAGUGGGCCAGCAGGUGUGGCAUCGACCAGGAGGAGGUUGAAGCCAGCAGUGGCCAAGACCAGAGUGAAGUGUCUGCCCUUGGGGGACUCCCAGCCCAGGACCUGGUUGUUGGAAAGCCAGCCCAGCUUGGCAUUCAGCGGAACCAGGAAGUGGACGUCCAGGACUGGGAGUUCAGAAGGAGGGAUUCCCAAGGCACUUACUCCAGUCGAGAUGCGGAACUCCAGGACCAAGAAUUUGGGAAGAGAGACUCGCUGGGUACUUACAGCAGUAGAGAUGUAAGCCUGGGAGACUGGGAAUUUGGGAAGAGAGAUUCUCUGGGUGCUUACACCACCCAGGAUGAUGAUGACCAGGGUCAGAAGUCAGGGAGGAAGGACCACCUGGGCAGGUACAGCAGCCAGGAUGGUGAGGAGCAGUGCCGGGAGUUUGAGAAGAGAAAUUCUUCACUUGGCACCUAUGGCAGCCAGGGCGCAGAACCUCAGGACCAGGAGUUCGGGAAGAGUGCUUGGAUGAUGGACUACAGCAGCGGUAGCAGCUCCAGGACCCUCGGCACCCAGGAUAGGGGCUUCGGAAUGAGAGCCCUGAGCUCCGGCUUCAGCCCCGAGGAAGCCCAGCAACAGGAUGAGGAAUUUGAGAAGAAGGUUCCGAGCGGUGAAGACAGCCUUAGUGAGGCCAGUGGGGAUGCAGGCCGACCAGAAGAGAGAGAUUUGGGGGGCUUAUUCAGCCCCACCACCCCCCAGUUGCGGGAUGGGGCACCUGGGCCCAGAGAGCAGACCACCUGGCAAGAUGACAAGGCCCUCCAGGAGGUGGGGAGGCUGCAGGAGAGGCAGCAGACAGGGGCUCAGAGCCCUGGUGAUGCUGGCCUGGAAGACAGGGAGAGGGGGAAGCCAGGCUGGGCCAGUGAGUUCAGUCUCGGUGUUGCCCCCCAGCCAGAGGUGGCAUUUAGCCCACGGCCGCAGGGCUGGAGCGGGGACGUCUGUAUUGAGGCCACUGAGAGGAGCUAUCAGUUUGGCAUCAUUGGCAAUGACAGAGUGAGUGGUGCUGGCCUGAGCCCUUCCAACAAGAUGGGAGGUGGUCACUUUGUGCCUCCUGGGAGGACCACGGCCGGGCCUGUGGACUGGACUGAUCAGCUGGGUCUCAGGAACUUGGAAGUGUCCAGCUGUGUGGGUUCAGGGGGCUCAAGUGAGGCCAGGGAAAAUACUUUGGGACAGAUAGGCUGGUCAGACAACCUGGGGUUGAGAGACGUGGAGCUGGCCAGCUGUUUGGAAAGUGGAGGGUCGGAAGAGCCCCGGGGGAUCAGAGGUGGGGAGGACUGGACUUCUGAUGUUGGGGUGAGGAACAGAGAUUUGGCUGAGGUGGGAGAAGUGGGCCAUAGCCAGGCCAGGGGGAGUGGCGUGGGGCAGACUGACUGGUCAGGUGUGGAGGCUGGAGAGUUCCUUAAAUCAAGAGAGCGUGGAGUCGGACAGGCAGACUGGACCCCUGACCUCAGACUGAGAAACAGCCUUGGAGAGCCCAGAGAGCUGGGGGUGGGUCAGAUGGAGUGGGGUGAUAGCUUGGGUUUGAGGAAUUUGGAGGUGCCCUGUGACCUGGAGUCUGGAGGUUCCCAGGAGCCACGGGGAUGUGGAGUGGGGCAGACAGACUGGGCCCAGGAAUUGGGGUCCCGGAAUGUGGAGCUCUUCGGGGCUCCAAGUGAAGCCAGGGAGCGUGGGGUGGGAGAGGUCAGCCAGUGCCCAGAGCUUGGCUCUGGGAAUGGCAGUAGCUUGUCCCCUGGCCUGGAGACUAGAGACCUCUUGGUGGGCAGGGAGCUGGGGGUCGGCGAGACGAAUGAGCUGGAGAUCCAGGGUGAGGACAGCUCUUUGCCUUCCUUGGAGACUGACCCUGAAGACCCCAGAAUGGAGAUAGGAGAAGCCUCCAGCUUUGGAACCAGCCCCGAUGGGUGUCCAGCCCGCUCCCCGCCCUCUGGCUCCCAGAGCCUGCUGGGGGAGAUGCUGGCCUGGCGGGAGUCAGCAGCCUCAGGCCUCAGGGUCCAGCUGGAGGAGGAAGGUGCCACAGCAGGUGCUGACCAAGAGGCGCCUCAGGAGCCUGGCAGGGACCCUCUGCUCACCUGGAGGCCACAGCCUGAUGGUGAAGCCAGCUGGUCAGAAGAUAUGGAUGGCACUGGGGACCCUUCAGGGCCUGAGCGGGGUGUGCAAGGGUCGGCCCAGACGCCUCAGUGCCCCUCCCGAGGCCCUCUGCUCAGUGCCCCCAGUCAGGAUUUCUCCUUCAUUGAGGACACCGACCUCCUUGACAGUGCCAUGUACCGGAGCCGUGCCAACCUGGGGCGUAAGCGUGGGCACCGGGCUCCAGCCAUCCGGCCUGGAGGUACCCUGGGCCUGUCAGAGGCAGCAGACUCAGAUGCGCGCCUGUUCCAGGACUCCACGGAGCCACGGACUGCUCGGGUGCCAUCUUCUGACGAAGAGGUAGUGGAGGAGCCUCAGAGCCGCCGGACGCGGAUGUCCUUAGGCACCAAGGGACUGAAAGUCAACCUCUUUCCUGGCCUGAGCCCGUCAGCCCUCAAGGCUAAGCUGCGCUCCCGGAACCGCUCAGCUGAGGAGGGGGAGCUGGCGGAGAGCAAGUCGAGCCAGAAGGAGUCCGCAGUGCAGCGUUCCAAGUCCUGCAAAGUCCCGGGGCUGGGGAAGCCCCUUGCGUUACCUCCCAAGCCAGAGAAGUCCUCAGGGUCAGAGGGAUCAUCACCCAACUGGCUGCAAGCCCUGAAGCUGAAGAAGAAGAAGGUCUGAGAGUCACUGAGAGUGACAUGCUUGAGGAAGAGUUCCGAAAACUAUUGAGGAUGAUUCAACGUCUCCUGGUUUUACUCCCGAACCGCCCAAGGAGAAAAUAAGAAGACAAGAACAUUUCUUUUUCUAAAUUGGUGUCAUAGUAUGAUAUUGUAUUGUUACAGUGCAGCGUAAUUACAUUUCAGGAGAGAAUAUGUAGCUCAAAACACUGAGCUAGGUGGAGGGCAGAGGGCACGAUUCUCAAGAAUCAUGGGCUGAUCUGAUUGUGGGUUAUGUCAGCCCCUUUGUUGAGGGGUCUUCUCCCCUCAAAGCUGUAAGAUUCUUGGGAUAGAAAUGCCAGAUGUCACGGAGGCCUGGAAGAAGGAGAGAGGUCUGGCUCAGCCUGUGGGGUCUGCGUCCCCAAGGCAGGGCUGGAAGCCAGCAAUGGGGCUUAAGAGCCUGUUCAGACAGAGGAGCAGCAGGUGUCCACCAGAGGUCAGCAUCACCUAGCGUCAGAGGCGCAGCGGAGGGCCACGAGGGCCCCAAAGCCAGUGUGAUACUCCCAGGCCCCCAACAGUCUCAAGAAUAGGGGACGCUGUACCACUAGCCUCGGCCUUCUUGGCAAAGGGUAGGUUGCCACUGGGUACCUGUUGGGCCUUGGGACUGAGCGGUAACUCACCGGCUCAGCAGAGGCAGCUGCCCCUCUGUACUUACACAAAGCUCUGGGCUGGCAGAGCAGCCAUUUUCCACACUUCAAGAAACUAAGAUGAGAAGUAUCACUAGAAAAGAACAAGAAAAAAAAAUACGACUUUACAAUUGUUCAAGAUCCUGAACUGUUUACGGUGGUGGAUAAGAUUGCAGAUCCCAGAACCCCCCCACCUCCAGGUUUGAAUACCUCCUGCAAUACUUAGAGAUGAACUCAGACACAUGUCUUACUCCUGAAAACAAUAUCCGUUAUUCCUAUUUAUUCGAUGGUCUCUACAGCUAGGGCUAUGGUGAGGGUUAAAUGAGACCGUUGUAAUAGGCAGUGUUUACUGAGCAUUUGCUCUGUGCCAGGCAUGGCCUGAGUCUUUAUCUAGUAUCCUCAUAAUUCUGACAACUGCUGUGCGGUCACCUCCAUGUCACAGUCAAUGAAACUGAGGCUUUUUUUUUUACCUCCAGAGUUCACUUUUUAAAAUCAACAUCCUUUGCUAGAAUAGUGCCUGUCAACCUAGAGUAAGCACUGAAAUACCAGCCAUUGCGUUAUUAACUCACUGCUUCUUUUCUCAGUGUUAUUGUGGACUUACUUAAGACAUGAUCUCUGUGUUUACAUUGCAUAAUCAAAAAGGACACUGGUCUUGAAAAUUAUCCUUUUACAGUUGUAGCUGUGAGCCUACGUGCAUUUUUCUUCACUUAGUCUCUCUCUCCUGCAGACAGACAGAGGGAGGAGGCGAGAGCAGGCUCUAUUUUGGAGUUUUUUCUUGCUGUCCUCUUUAGUAACACAAAAUUCAGGUCAUAUUUGAGGGCAGAAGCAGGGCCCUGAGUGGGGAAACUACACCCCAAAUGGAGAGCUUUUGGGUUGUUACAAGCAAAGUUAAGAGUUCAAAUCCUAUCUCUGUUACUCAGAAUGGACGUGACCCUGAACCAGGGAUGGAAAUCUCUGAACCUUGGUUUACCAAUCUGUAAAAUGAGGAUCAUAACAUAAAUUAUCUUUUGGCGUUUUUGAGAAAAAUUAUGGGAAAAAUCAUGUGAGUGUGCUUACACUAUAAUAUAAUAAUUUUAUAAUAAUAUAAGCCUGAUAAUAAUCUUACCUAUUAGGAUACUAUAAGCUUUACCUGAGAACUGGUAUUUGGGUUCAUAUCAGGUUCUAGCUUAGGGAAGGCAGAAAUCUCAUCUCUCUGUGAUACUGCCUUGUGGCAAACUCACUGUGAUUAGAAGAUUUAAAUCAAGUACUCGCUUUGAUACAAGUCUUUGGUCUGGAAAAUUGCAUCUGUUUUCUAAUGAACCCACCCAUUGCAACCCAUCCUCAAAGAUGCCUCCAAGAGUAAGCGCCCUGAAGCUUCCAUCUGAUUCCUCAGCUCAGUGAGUUCUGCAAGGAACAUAACAUUGGCCACACAUACGAUUUUAAUUUUUCCAGUAGCCACAUCAUUAAAAAAGCAAAAUAAACAAAAGAAGUAAAUGUCACUUUAAUGAUGUGUUGUAGUUAUUUCAGUAUAUCCAGAAUAUUAUCUCUUCGACAUGUACAUGUAAUCAAUAUAAAAAUUACUAAUGAUCAGGGCACAGUGGCUCAUGCCUGUAAUCCUAGUACUCUGGGAGGCCAAGGUGGGUGGAUUGCCUGAGCCCAGGAGUUUGAGAUCAGCUUGAGGAAGAGCCAGACCUCAUCUCUAAAAAAAUAGCAGGGCAUUAUGGCCUGUAGUCCCAGCUACUUGGAAAGUUGAGGCAAGAGGAUUGCUUUGAGCCUAAGAGUGUAAAGGUGCUGUGAGCUAUGAUGCCAUGGCACUCU